AAGAAGAAACCGAAAUACAAUACAAUAUAAAUACAUAAGAGUGAACGUGCAACACAAUAGCCGUGGCACGCGAUGAAUGCAACAAGAACGCAUCAAAUUCAGCGCACACUUAACUAAAGACCUUACCUGGCGAGUCGAGUCGAGUUGAGUCGAGUUGAGUCGAGUCGAGUCAUCGAGACAGCCUUGGAGCAGCAGCCAAUGCAACCUGCACAGACAUCAUUAGAAGCGACUAGCAACAACACGUAAAAUGCUGAUACUACUGCUGCUGCUGCCGUUGUUGUUGAGUAUAUUUGGUAAUAGUCUCAUUGCCGGCGUCGAGGCAAAUCUGAGCCUGGGCUUUAAGGUCAUCAGACUGCCAAGGCAUAUAAAUCCCGCCAAUUGCAGUGUUGGCAACACAACAUUCGCACAUGGAGCCACAUUUAAAUUGGAUUGUAAAACUCAAUGCGUCUGCGAGAAUGGUCGCCAUGCCUGCUCGACUCUGUGUCCAAACGAGCAGCUGCCGGCGCCGGAGGAUACGAUUUCGUGCAGAUCACCGCGUCUCGUCGAGGUGCCCGGCCACUGUUGCAAAAUGUGGCUCUGUGAGAAUCCAACAGCUGAUGUCUAUGCCACCUGCCACAAUAGCAGCAUCAGCGGCAAUUGGAGCGCCUGCAGCAGCGUUUGCGGCCUGGGCAUUGCCACGAGGCAGACUACGACCCACACUGGCUGCCAUCAAUUGAGCAAUUUACGGUUAUGCGAGAAUCGCAGAUGUGGCCAAGACAAUAAGAAGCGAGACAGCAGAGAGAAUAAGCGCAGCAGCAGCCACAACAGGCCAUUAACUAACCUGCAGCCAGAGCACAACUUGGCUGCCAGCCAGCUUCAUCAGCUGCAUCAUCACAAGCGGCGGCAACAACAACAUCAGAGGGAGAGAGCAUGGCACUGGCAGCAUCAGAGGGAGACAAAACGAGAGACGGAGCCAGAGCAAGAGCAGCACAUGCAACAGGAGCCAGCGCAUAGAAUUAGAAAGGGACACGAGUGCCGGAGCUUACAGCGCCUGGGGCCAGCGAGGAUUCGACUUGGCGAAUGCGUUUCUCGCAAACUCUAUCGUCCCAAACUGUGCGGCAGCUGCCACCGCGGCACCAAGUGCUGUGCCCCAGCGGUGUCCACAACAAUACAAGUCGAGCUGUUGUGUCCUUUAAAUGCCGUUGAUCCAAUUAACUACGUACAAAAGCGAGCACAGCAACAACAGCAACAACAACAACGACGACGUGCAGAAUACUUUGGCAAGCAACAGGAUGACGAACUGGAGCCUGCAAUUGAAGGUGACAGGCAAUAUGAGACGGAGGAGCUAGAGAAGGAGCAGCUGGAGCAGCCGGGUCAGUUAUGGGACACCAUUGCUUUGGAGCCCAUCGAUCAGGAAUUUCUGCAAUCACAUCAGAUACAAAUUGAGAAUAAAUUCAUUGCCGUCGAAUGGAUACUGAAAUGUGAAUGCAGCAAGAAUUUUUGUCGUGCUGACAGCAGCGACAACAACAACAACAACAAGAACAACAACAAACAUCAUUUGCAACAAAAGCCACAUUAUCAUGAGAGGAAACUAACGCUAAUGCAUAAUGCAGCAGACGAUGAAGAAGUAGAAGAUGCAGCUGUUGGUGACGAGGAGGAGCAGCAUAAGGCGAUUCCCGAGGAUGUUGUCGGCUAUGAGGAUGUUGUUAAUGCCAUUAAUGCGGGCAACGAUGACAACUCGUCGUCGGAGCAGCAGCCCGAUAUAAUACCCUAUCCAUUAAGUGUGGGCGAAACCAGCUGGAAAGCCGAAAAACUGCAAAGACAACAGCAGCAACAACAACAGCAACAACAGAAGCGAUGGGAACGCACAUAGCGUAAACUGAGACUUGAACUUUUCUCUCGCAUGCGAUAAAAAUGGGUCAGAGUUGCGAUAAUUGAGUAGAAAUUAAGAUUUGUACAGCAUAGCGAUAUAUAAAAAUUGUAUUGUGUAUUGUGUGAAUGUCGAACGAAAGGAAGGAAGUGCAACUGGUAUCAGCUGGGAAGGGUUGAUUAAUUAGUUUGCGGUUAAAUUAAGUAAGCUUGUAAAAAUGAUUAACUAACAUUGGAAAUGGUUUAGGUAAGAAAACGUAAAAUAAAUCCAAACAAUACAUGAAAACCGAAAAAUAGUUGCAAAUCGAAAGAAAUUUAAUGGUAAAUACUGGGCAAAGUAUUUUGAUGAAACAUAUGGUAUUUAAUAUUUUUGCGAGCACAUAUACAGAAAGAAUGCUUAACAUUAAAGAAUACGAAAUAUCGAAACAAAAUUUCAAUUAAACAAGUUGGCAAAAAUCCCCCCUAAAUAAAAUAAAAAUGAAUUUAAAUUUAGAUGUACAAUAAAUGGCUUGUGCUAUAGGGCUUAAAGAUGAGAAGAUAAAGCGUAACUUGAUCUAAACAAAUAAAAACAAACAAACAAGCUCAUUCAAAGAGUUCUCAAUUGUAUGUAUGUUCGAUGAUAAAUAUAAUUGUAAUUGUGCUAUAUACUCGCUUAUAUUCACAUGCUUAUGUAAGUGUAUUCCAGAUUCUCUCUGUAUUUCAAAAAACAAUAUCAGUUGAAUGUAACCAACAACAAAUUAUCACCUGGAUAUAUUUAAAUAAACCAAUUACAUAGGCCAACUGUGAAUAAAGAAAAGCUUGAUUGCUCUCCAAAUGAAACAAAAAACACACACAUAUCCCAAUGAAAUAUCUCAAAUGUAAUUUUAUGAAUAUUUGAAAGUGAAUAAGAAAAAGAACAAAAAUAAAAAGAACACCAAGCUUGUGCAUACUCAUAACCCAUAUCAAUUGUAUCCAUUGUAAGUUACUUACGAGUGCAUACUAAAUUCUUAGCUGAGGGAAAUAAAUAAAUAUAAAUAAAUAAUAAAAAUGACAAAAAUUCCAAAACAUAAAC